GGAUAGGGGACUAUCCAGAGCUGGGUGAUGGUGAAGUAUAUUACAAAUCAUCACAGCUAAACUGGGUGCAAGAGUUUAGAACUCAUCCUAAGUCCUUGUCGAAGCCACUUCUUUAUUCUGAAAAGUCUGUUCCCUGUUGAGUUUAUUGCUACAGUUAAGUGUAACACCACUGACAUGGCCCAGGAGAUCCACAUGGCAGAUCCCAUGUGCCUCGUUGAGAACACUAAUGAACAAUUCACAGUCAAUGAGGAAGCUUUGCAGAUCCUGUCUGCCAUUAAGCAGCCUGUGGUGGUGGUGGCUAUCAUUGGUCUCUACCGCACGGGCAAGUCCUACCUGAUGAACAAGCUGGCUGGGAAGGAAAAGGGCUUCUCUGUUGGUUCCACGGUGCAGUCCCACACCAAAGGCAUCUGGAUGUGGUGUGUGCCUCAUCCUGAGAAGCCAGACCACACCCUCGUUCUGCUUGACACAGAAGGCCUGGGGGAUGUAGAGAAGGUUGAUGAUAAGAAUGACACCAAGAUCUUUGCGCUAACGAUCUUAUUGAGUAGCACCUUUGUGUACAAUACCAUGAGCAAAAUUGAUCAGGGGGCUAUGGAUCUACUCAACAAUGUGACAGAACUGACAGGUGUGCUUAGGGCAAGAGCCUCACAUGACCUGGAUGAAGUUGAAGACACUGCUGACGUUGUGAGCUUCUUCCCAAACCUGGUGUGGACUCUGAGAGAUUUCUUCCUAGACCUACAAAAAGAUGGGCGGCUCAUCACGGCAGAUGAAUAUUUGGAGCUCUCGCUGAAGCUCAAGGAAGGUGAUGAUCAAAGAACUCAGACAUAUAACUUGCCCCGUAAGUGUAUAAAGAAGUUCUUCCCAACAAGGAAAUGCUUUGUCUUUGACUCACCCACUGACCUGAAGAAGGUUGCCCAACUUGAGACAAUGCACAAUGAUGACCUGGAUCCUGCAUUUGUGCAACAAGUGGCAGAAUUCUGUUCCUACAUCUUUAGCCAUUCUAUGGCCAAGAUUCUUCCAGGUGGUAUCAAGGUCAAUGGACCUCGUCUAGAGAAUCUGGUGCUGACCUAUGUCAAUGCCAUCAACAAUGGCCACUUGCCCUGCCUUGAAAACUCAGUCCUGACCUUGGCCCAGAUAGAGAAUUCAGCUGCAGUGCAAAAGGCCAUUGCGCACUAUGACCAGCAGAUGAGCCAGAAGGUGAAGCUGCCCACAGACACCCUCCAGGAGCUGUUGGGUGCACACAGCGCUUCUCACAGAGAAGCUAUAGAAGUCUUCAUGAAGAACUCUUUUAAGGAUGAGGACCAAAAAUUUCAGAAGGAAUUAGAGACUUUACUCGUGGCAAAGCAUGAUGACUUUUAUAAACGGAACUUGGAAGCCUCAUCAAACCUAUGCUCAGCUCUGCUUCAGGAGAUUUUUGGUCCUCUAGAAGAUUCAGUGAAUCGGGGGGCUUAUUCCAAACCAGGAGGCCACAGUAUCUACCUUCAGAAGGUUGAAGAACUAAAGGCAAAAUACUAUCAGAAGCCCAGGAAAGGAAUACAGGCUGAGGAAGCUCUGCAGAAAUAUUUAAAGUCCAAGGAGUCUGUGAGUGCUACAAUUCAGCAGACGGACAAGGCUCUCACUGCCAGAGAGGCAGAGAUGGCAGAAACACGUAGGAAAGCAAAGGCUGCAAGAGCUGAAGCCCAAAGGUUGGCAGAUAUUGAACGGCAAAACCAGCAGAGGAUGAAGGAGCAGGAGAGGCGCCGCCAGGAAGAGGUGCGGCAAAUGGAGCUAAACAGAGCACGGAUGCGGGAAGAGCAACAGAGGGAAGCGCAGCGCCGGCUCCAGGAAGAAGCUGCAAGGCUAAAUGCGAAACACCAAGCUGAGCAACAACGACUUCAGGAGGAAAUCCGUAGACUCCAGACAUAUUCUCGGCCUUCAAAUGAAUGCAUUUUAUUGUAAAAAAGAGAUAAAGGAAUAAGACACUUUAGCUGUUUAGUAACUCUUAAACUACUAAUUGCUAUAUUGAUAUUUCAUAUGGAGUCAUAAUGUUGCAACUGUAACUGAGAAAAUAUGUAUCUUGACAGUCUAGUGAUUCAGAUGAUGAUCACUUCCUUGAAUAGUUUAUAAAUUAAAUAAGGACUACUUUAUCAGUGACUUCAUUUAAGCGGUGGCGCUGGGAUACACAAGGGGCAGUUUCUGUUGCAUUCCAGUUUCACUUGUCUAGUCUUCCACAUUUCACCCAUGGUAUUUUCAAUUAUGGAGAAUAUGUGGUCAACAUCUUGGGCUUAGUAGGAUGUCACUCCUACUGGUGGGCAUGUGUUGGAUGCUAUCCGAGCGAGGCCCCAGUGGUGAAGUGGGAAGCAUGUGCAGGUGUCCUGGGUGGAGAGUGCUCUAGGAGCACUGAUAUGACUCCCCAGCUGUGCCUUAGACCAUCUGCACAAACACUGCAAGCUGAAGAUAGGAUGCUCUCACGAGAUGGGUAUCUUUUAGAAGGUGAAAGAAGCUAGGAACAUGGAGAUUGUAUCGUAAGCUUAAAGGUCAAAGAAUAGGCUUUUUUUUGGUUUACACUCAGGGCAUAGUAUUAUUAGACUUUUUGACUACAUUUUAGUGUAGUUAAUAAGCUUACAUGUUUAUGGUUUUUGAAUGCUGAUACAAAAAUGAUAUAAGGUAUACUGUGUGAACUAUCAAAAAGUCUGAUGAGGCUCAUUCAAUUGGAUGUUUGUAAUUAUAUGAAAAAAUCAUUGACUUUUUUCUCAAAUUGUACUUUAUGAGUCUUCUUUUGUAUAUUUUCAUGCAUGAAAACAUUUAAAAAUCAUUAACUCAGAAUUACUUCAUUUUCUUUUUCCUCAAUAAUAAAAAAAUCUACAAAACAAGUACAUGUUUCCCUAAGAAAAUGAAGAAUUACUGUAACAUUAGAAUUACAGUGCAUUGUAUUAUAUCUUUUUGGUUGCUUUAUUGUUAUUCUUUGUUUCUUUGUUUUAUUUGUCUGUAGUAAAAUAUAAUUCUAAAAUUACAGAGGGACUGACACUGUGGUGUAAUGGAUUAAGCCAUUGUUGGCUCUGCUGGCAUCUGAUGCGGGCAGUUUAAAUUCUGGAUGUUCCAGUUCCAAGCCAGCUCCCCACUACUGUGUUUGGAAAAAGGAACUAAGAUACCCAGGUACCAGAGUCCUUGUACCCCUACGGGAGACCCAGACGAAGCUCCUAGCAGCUCGUUUAGGCCUGGCUCAGCCCUGGAAUUGAGGCCAGUUUGGACUUUUCACAUCAGGUAGGGUCUGGGAUGCUCAGCUCUGUUUCCAGAUUUAAGCCGAAAAUCAGAAGAUAUCAGCACAUUUAGCUGAGCAUUUGACUAACCGUAUUCUAUAGUUAACUUUGUAGGCUAUAUGAUUUAUAAAUGAGAAAAUAAAAUACAUUUUUGAACUGGAUAAAUGUCAUGGUUGAAAAGAACAACCAAAUCUCCAAGUUAAAUAUUGGUUUGUAUGUUGACUAUCUGGAACAGGCUCUUACAACCAUGAGACUUAACAUCACUAAGUCACUUACCUAAGGCUCUAUUUGUUGGUAAUGUUAUCCUACUGAGGAUCUAGCUCAA